GAUGGGAAAGUUAGGUCUUGCAGAUAUGUUUGUGCAAAUGAGGGGCAUAGAAAGAAAGAUAAAAGGGAUCAUCUAACAAAGUGUCCAAGAGCUGAAACUAGAACUGAUUGUCAGGUUCGCAUGGGUCUUAUAAUGGACCGGGAGAAGGAAACUUAUAAAGUUGCUGAUUUGAUUUUGGAACACAAUCACAUGCUUCAGUUGCCACAAACCUCGCACUUGAUGGUGUCUCAAAGAAAAAUUUCAGAGUUACAAGGUUUUGAAAUUGAAACAGCUGACGAUGCAGGAAUUGGGCCCAAAGCAGCACAUGAGUUGGCGUGUGUGCAAGUUGGUGGUUCAUCCAAUCUCAGUUAUACUCUUCGUGAUCACAAGAAUUAUUUACGGGCCAAGCGCCAGCGAGAGAUGGCAUAUGGUCAAGCAGGAAGCAUGCUUAUGUAUUUUCAAGAUAAAAUUGCUGAGAACCCUUCAUUUCAAUAUGCAUUGCAGAUGGACAUAGAAGAACAAAUAGCAAAUAUAUUUUGGGUUGAUGCUAAAAUGCUCACUGACUAUGCAUAUUUUGGUGAUGUUGUCAGUUUUGACACUACUUUUGGAACAAACAAGGAAAGUAGAUCUUUUGGUGUAUUUGUUGGGUUCAAUCAGUUUAGAGAAACAGUGGUUUUUGGUGCCGUUCUCUUAUAUGAUGAGACAUUUGAGUCCUUCAAGUGGUUAUUUGAGACUUUCCUCAAAGCACAUAAUGGCAAGCAACCAAAAACAAUUUAUACUGACCAAGAUUUUGCAAUGGGAAAAGCAGUUAAGGAAGUGUUUUUAGAAGCAUGGCAUGGCUUGUGUACUUUUCACAUUAUGCAAAAUGCUGUCAAACAUCUAGCUGAACCCGAAGAUGAAGAUGAAGGCAGCAAGAAAGACCCCAAACAUGUAGAUGACGAAGGCAGUGAGGAAGAACUAAGUAUUCUCUCCGACUUUAGUGCAUGUAUGUAUGAGUAUGAGGAUGAGGCUACAUUUGAACAUGCAUUUCAGCUCAUGAGGACAAAGGCGAGCAAGCAAACUUGGUUGAAUAGUAUAUACAAGGUGAGAGAGAAAUGGGCUGAAUGCUAUAUGCAGGAUGUUUUCACAUUGGGGAUGAGAAGUACGCAAUUGAGUGAGAGUCUGAAUAGUGAGCUGAAGAGACAUUUCAAAUCUGACUUCGAUAUCAUUAGAUUUCUUAAGCAUUUCGAAAGGGUGGUGGCAGAUAAAAGAAAAAAAGAGUUGGAUGCUGAAUUUGAAUCAAGGAGAAAACAGCCUAGAAUAAAAGUGAAGACACCUGUGCUACUCCAAGCAAGCAAGCUUUACACACCAAUUAUAUUUGAAGCUUUUCAAGGUGAAUAUGAAAGGUCACUGGUAGCAUGCACCACAAUAUUGGAAGGCAAUAAUGAAUACCUUGUAGCAAUUGGGAGCCUUGAUGAAAAUUUUACUUGCUUUGAGAAGGAGUACAAAGUUACCGGUGAUCCUUUAAAGCAGACCAGUACAUGCAGUUGUGGGCAGUUCAAUAGAUUUGGAAUAUUGUGUGGCCAUGCUCUAAAAGUCCUUGAUUUGAUGAAUAUCAAAUCACUCCCUGCACAAUAUGUAUUGAAGCGAUGGACACGGGAGGCACGUUGUGGAAUCGUACAAGACAAUGAAGGUCGAAACAUAAUAGAGAAUACAAAAUUAGAUGAUAUGCUUCGUUACAAAGAUAUGACUCGCAGAUUUCUCAAUUUAGCACUCCGAGCAGCCAGCAAUCCAGGUUGCACUUUGUUAGUAAACAACACCCUUGGUGUGCUUAGCAAGCAAGUUGAAGAAGAAAUCAAUGGCUGCACUGAUAAUGUGCAACCUGUCACUGUUCCAAUAAAUGUUGCUCCCCCAAGUGAUUUGGUGAGCACUGCACGUCUAAAGAAAAAAGAGGUGCAAACAAAAACCUGGAAGCGCCAAAAAACAUGGCUUGAUAAGAAACGCAAAUUUACAAAGAAGGGAAGUAAGAAAAAGGGACAAGGCUCAAUGGAACAAGAAAAUAUAAAAGUGUCAUCUGUUGAUGGUGUACCAGUACAAAAUAUUUCCACUAGUACAUCUCUACCCAAGGAAGGGAUGUCUGAAGCAUACAUGACCAUCAAUACAUUCUCUCAACUAUUAACGCCAUAUGAGUUUGCAGGCGGAGCUGGAGAAACGUGCUGCCACAUCGGCGAGCCGGAGGAGGAGCGGCGCGUCAUGGCCAGGAGGCUGCAGCGCCUCCUGCGGAGGAUGGCCGACGAUAGGCGUCGGACGCUAGAGGCCGCUGCCACCCUCAGGGAGGAGCACCGGCACCGCCUCCUGCCGGAGCCCGCCGACGCCAAGCUGGAGCGCGAACUCGGCAACACCCGCCAGUCUUCGCCGAGGUGGAGCUGCUGCGCCGCUGCGGAUGCGGUAGGAGAUGGAGGAGGAGCGCCAGAUGCUGCAGAUGGCCGAGGUCUCCGACGCUGA